GGAAGCACGUGUCCGUAUCAGCGGAAGCCGUUAACUUUGUCCUCACUUCUUCAUCUCCAACGUUUUUAAUCGGAUACCGAUUUCAUUCAUUUACAGACUUCUUUCUUUCUUUCUUUCUCUCCGUAAUUCCCUGGACCCAUCAUAUAUAUAUACACACACACACACGCACAUAUAUAUGUAUGUAAAAACACAUAGAUGAGUGAGAGAAGACCAGGAGGAACACGUAGAAAUUGUUGGUGAUCGGUGUUGUCGACAGUAAAUUAGUUCAUCGAAGAAAAUUGGAUAAAUUUAAUAAAACUUUACUGUAACAUCAAGCCCUUUCUCCAUUUCUUCUGAGACUGACGAAAACAAUUGAGAAGUUGGGUAUUUUCACUUCGACAGAGGCCAAGUAAAUCCCACAUAUAUACUUUUCAGUAUUUUUAAUUCUUAUGGGUGUUGAUGAUCAUUAUACCAUGACAGAAAGAACCAAACGUUCUAUUAAACCGAAGCAAUUUCAUGGAGAGGUGUUGAAUUAUUCCGUCAACAUACGACGCAAUAUGGAAUCGGAAAAUAGUAAACGGGUGGUGAAAAGAAAACACUUUUUUGACGAGCUUUACCAAGGUUUUAGUCCAACAGCUGCAGCUAAAUCUUCACCUUUGUUCUCUUCGUCACAGCAGAAAAGGCAUAAGGGGAACAGCUGUUCGGAUUAUCGAUCGUCGAAGAUGAAGAACGAGGAUGACAAACCAGGUGAUAUCGACAACAACAGCAGCAGCAGCAAGAAAUCAGAAACGUCCGAGACCACAGAAAACUCCAACAUCAGGAACGACAGAAAAUCGAACCCCCAAAAUCGAAUCUAUGAAAGGCUGCAGAAUUUACAGCUGCAGAAAUCUCCGGCCGUUCCUGACAUGGACCCGGCCUUCUUCCUUCGUUGCCAUUCCGAUAGCAAUCGACCCGAUGACGAUGGCAACAAGGUUUGGAUGUGUCGAUUCGAACCUCGUUUGAAGGAUCCGGCUCGCUCCGGUCGGAGCGGCCAAUUGAUCGCCUCGUGCGGCGGCAAAAUCAUCUGUCUCGUGGACUCUGGCUCCGGCCGAGUGAUGAUGCGAUACAAGGACAGUGACAAACAGGAGAAUUUCUAUGCCAUGGCAUGGACAACCUUGGAGAUCGCCGGCGACAAAAACAGGCCUCCACAACUCACCAAUAUACUCGCUGUAGCUGGAGAAGGACGACGGAUCAAACUACUGCAUCCAUCUCAGCUGGUUAUUUAUGCUAAUAUCACAGGCCAUAAGAAGUGCAUCACCUGUCUACUCUUUCAUCCGUCACGAGCAACAUGGCUGUUCAGUGGUUCUGAUGACUGUCGAAUCAUUUUGUGGGACAUUGGUGUUCCCAGUUUUCCGGAUUACUUCACCAAACAUGUCCAGUUAAUAGUCCUAGAAAGUCCAGCGAAUGUCGUCAACAUGGUGUAUAGUGAAGCCACAAGCUGGUUGUUGGCUGGAACUGAAAACGGUUGUUUCGGUUGGAAGUUUAAAGAUUCCAGAGCAAAUGUUUGUGUAACAAAUUCCAGUGAUGAGUGCAUUGAUGGCUUGGUUUUGGUGGACGACAACAUGGUGGCCUGUAAGUGUGUUGAAGAAAAAUAUAUAUACCUGUGGAAGCUGACUAAGCAUGCACCCUCUGCUACGGCACUCAACUCCACCUCAAAGACUCGUAGAAUUGCUGUCGAUCCGUUUACCUGCCUCAGGUACCACGUCAUGGAUGAGCCAUACGUCUACAUGUCUGGAGGGAAGGAGCGUCUGGUCGUAGGUGAUGCAGAGGGUAGAGUUUUCAUUUACAACCUGAAGAACAUUGGAGGAAAGAAGGGACAUAACUCAAACUUGACAAUUUCGAAGGGAGGUAAUUUGCUUCAUUUGCCAUCACGAGUGCUCGACUGGCCAAUCGUUGAGUACAAUAGUGAUGGCAGUGGUGGAAAAAAGACAGAAGAAGAUGCAGCAAUGGUUAAUGAUGGUGGUUGCAGGAAGGAUGAAGAAGAAGAAGAAGAGGAACGACCCAUCAUUAACAGCGUUGUUAUGGACGACAAGGGGGAGGUUUUGGCUGCGACAGCUGAUUGUAAUCUUGUCUGUAUCUGGAAGGUGCGUACAGAUUGAGAGAAGGAUUGUGAUGUGUGUGAGUGUAAUUGUAUAUACAGGUGUGUGUUUAUGAGGGAGUUCACACACACACACACACAUAUAUAUAUCAUCAUCAUCAUCAUCAUCAUCAUCGUUUAACGUCCACUUUCCAUGCUAGCACGGGUUGGACGAUUUGACCGAGGACUGGUGAAACCAGAUGGCUACACCAGGCUCCAAUCUGAUUUGGCAGAGUUUCAACAGCUGGAUGCCCUUCCUAACGCCAACCACUCAGAGAGUAAGAAAUAAUAAUUUCUUAAAGUAUGUGUUAAUCCCCAUGUGGGUACAUGGA